AAACGGGCAGGGCCAUUCUCGUAAUUCUCUGCAACUAAUCUCAACCCGCCGUUGCCCUAGUUUUCGACGAUUCGGCGACGCUCCCCUCUUCUCGCUCCUCCCCAACCCACGGCCCUCCCGGAGGGGCAAAAAAGGGGUUCGAAUUUGCUCCUGAUCCAAGCGCCAGGCAGCUAGAUUCCACCACCCAAGUCCCUUUUCCCAAUCCGAUCUUUCAGUUUCCCUUCGAUCCCACAUCCUCCCGCCGAUUCCUGAGAAGAUCCGAGUCCUCACGCCCAUGGAUCCGCGCGCCAGGUACCCUCCGGGCAUGGGCAACGGCCGCGGCGGGAACCCCAACUACUACGGCCGCGGCGGGCCGCCGCCGCAGCAGCAGUACCACCAGCACCAGCAGACGUCGGCGGCGCACCACCAGCAGCAGUACGCGCAUAGGCAGCCUCAGCACCACAACCACCACCAGCUACAGCAGCAGCAGCAGCAGCAGCAGUGGCUGCGGCGAAACCAAAUCGCCCGCGAGGCAGCAGGCGCGGUAGGGACCAGCGAGCCGAAGGCCCUGGCGCCACCCACGGCCGCCGAUGGCGUCGAUUCGAGUUCACAAGAUUGGAAGGCCCAAUUGAAGCUGCCACCUCAAGAUACACGCUACAAGACAGAGGAUGUUACAGCCACCAAGGGAAACGAGUUUGAAGACUAUUUUCUCAAGCGUGAGCUCCUGAUGGGGAUAUAUGAGAAAGGAUUUGAAAGACCCUCUCCUAUCCAAGAGGAAAGUAUUCCUAUUGCUUUAACUGGUAGUGACAUUCUUGCAAGAGCGAAGAACGGAACUGGCAAGACUGCUGCAUUUUGUAUUCCUGCACUGGAAAAGAUUGAUCAAGAUAAAAAUGCUAUUCAAGUUGUUAUAUUGGUUCCCACAAGGGAAUUGGCUCUACAAACAUCACAAGUUUGCAAGGAGCUUGGUAAGCAUUUGAAGAUCCAAGUUAUGGUCACCACUGGUGGAACCAGCCUGAAGGAUGAUAUUAUUCGUCUGUACCAACCUGUCCAUUUACUUGUUGGAACACCUGGGCGUAUUUUGGAUCUUACAAAGAAAGGUGUUUGCAUUUUGAAGGAGUGUUCAAUGCUUAUUAUGGAUGAGGCAGACAAGCUUCUCUCUCCUGAGUUCCAACCUUCUGUGGAACAGUUGAUUCGCUACCUUCCAUCGAGUCGACAGAUUUUGAUGUUUUCAGCAACAUUCCCUGUGACUGUCAAGGAGUUCAAGGACAAAUAUCUGCCUAAACCUUAUGUAAUUAACCUUAUGGAUGAACUUACACUGAAGGGAAUUACACAGUUCUAUGCUUUUGUUGAAGAAAGACAGAAAGUUCACUGCCUUAACACCCUUUUUUCAAAGCUUCAAAUCAACCAAUCAAUAAUAUUCUGUAACUCUGUGAAUCGUGUUGAGCUAUUGGCAAAGAAGAUCACUGAGCUUGGUUACUCUUGUUUCUACAUUCAUGCAAAGAUGCUGCAAGACCAUCGUAAUAGAGUUUUCCAUGACUUCCGUAAUGGGGCAUGCAGGAACCUUGUUUGUACUGAUCUUUUUACAAGGGGAAUAGAUAUUCAAGCUGUUAAUGUUGUUAUCAAUUUUGAUUUCCCCAAGAACUCUGAAACAUAUCUCCACAGGGUUGGUAGAUCUGGGAGAUUUGGUCACCUUGGUCUGGCUGUGAAUUUGAUCACCUAUGAGGAUCGGUUUAACUUGUAUAGGAUUGAACAAGAGCUUGGGACUGAAAUAAAACCAAUUCCUCCUCAGAUAGACCAGGCUAUAUAUUGCCAAUAAUCUGACAGAAUUUUCACCUGUAUCCAUUUCUUCAGGAGUAAUAAGGAGACAACUUCUGUAAAUACCAGCUCAUCAGGUUUUAUGGUGUGGCCCUCCUGUGACGCAUUGAGAACAAUUCUAUGUUGGAGCAAUAUGUGAGAUGAGACAUCCAAUUUCACUGAUAACCUUGUUAUGCUGACACUAUUAUGGCUAUCCGAGGGUAUUGUAUAUUGCUAGGUGCCUGUUCUUAGGUCUGUCCUGGCCUUUCAGUUUCUUGUGCCUCUCUGGCUGUUUUUUUUUCCAAUCGUGUCCUUAGCUGUUUCUCACAGGACAUUUUAACCCUGUUACAUUCUGGUUGUGGGCUUGUGCCCUGUCGGUGCACGCAAGCCGGUUGCCAAAGUCCAACUUGGGCUCCUUGCCGUUGAUAGCUGAGUUGGGUAUGGACAAGUCGGCCAUUGAACUUGAGGUCUGAACUGUAGUUGUGCUAUCAGGUGUGGGUCGGGAAGUGGGAUAUAAGUUUGCCAAUAAUUUGUAGUAAGCUGCAUCAUGCUAUGCGGUCUUGCUCUUGCAGCCAUGCCCCUUGGCUUGGUGCCAUGGACGUCAUUUAGAUUCUGCCUGUUCUCAGUUGAGCAUGUAAUGGUUGGAUAAAACCGAUCGCCCUGCAUUUUCUUGUGCUGAACCUUGAUGCACAAGCAACUUGUUCGAGUUAUGGGGAACUGUCCCCUUAUGUUUCUAUGGUGAUUACACACCUUACUGCUCUUCGUUCA